GUGCUUGGCGCCUGGGAUCGCUUUGGCCCGGUCCGGCCCGCACGGCGCUGGGCGCGGAGAACGGCCAUGCCGCCGCGGCGCAGUAUCGUGGAGGUGAAGGUGCUGGACGUGCAGAAGCGGCGCGUGCCCAACAAGCAUUAUGUCUACAUCAUCCGAGUCACGUGGUCCAGUGGCACCACAGAGGCCAUCUACAGGCGCUACAGCAAGUUCUUUGACCUUCAGAUGCAGAUGUUGGACAAGUUCCCCAUGGAAGGGGGACAGAAGGAUCCCAAGCAGAGGAUUAUCCCAUUUCUGCCAGGCAAAAUCCUCUUCCGCCGCAGCCACAUCCGGGACGUAGCCGUCAAACGCCUGAUACCAAUUGAUGAGUACUGUAAGGCCCUGAUCCAGCUGCCCCCCUACAUCUCUCAGUGUGAUGAGGUGCUACAGUUUUUCGAAACAAGGCCCGAGGACCUUAAUCCUCCCAAAGAGGAGCAUAUCGGGAAGAAGAAGUCAGGGAGUGACCUGACCUCGGUGGACCCUAUGGUCCUGGAGCAGUAUGUGGUGGUAGCAGACUACCAGAAGCAGGAAAGCUCAGAGAUCAGCCUCAGUGUGGGCCAAGUAGUGGACAUCAUUGAGAAGAAUGAGUCAGGUUGGUGGUUCGUCAGCACUGCCGAAGAGCAAGGCUGGGUGCCUGCAACCUGCCUCGAGGGCCAGGAUGGUGGACAAGAUGAAUUUUCCCUCCAACCGGAGGAAGAGGAGAAGUAUACAGUCAUCUACCCAUACACAGCUCGUGACCAGGAUGAGAUGAACCUAGAACGAGGGGCUGUGGUGGAGGUCAUCCAGAAGAACCUGGAAGGCUGGUGGAAGAUCAGGUUCCAGGGCAAAGAGGGCUGGGCCCCUGCUUCCUACCUAAAGAAGAGCAGCGGGGAGCCCUUGCCCCAAAAGCUGGGCCCCAGCUCCUCUGCUCACUCAGGGGCCCUCGACCUGGAUGGUGUUUCCCGGCAGCAGAAUACUGUGGGCAGGGAGAAAGAGCCGCUCAACAACCAGAGGGAUUGCCGGUUUGAAGGUCGCCUGGUGCCAGAUGGUGACGUUAAGCAGAGAUCACCAAAGAUGAGGCAAAGACCCCCUCCUCGCCGGGACAUGACCAUCCCUCGAGGCCUCAACCUGCCCAAGCCACCCAUCCCGCCCCAGGUGGAGGAAGAGUAUUACACCAUUGCCGAGUUCCAGACCACCAUCCCAGAUGGCAUCAGCUUCCAGGCAGGCCUGAAGGUUGAGGUGAUUGAGAAGAGCCUAAGUGGUUGGUGGUACAUUCAGAUGGAAGAUAAGGAGGGAUGGGCCCCAGCAACCUUCAUUGACAAAUACAAGAAGACCAGCAGUGCCUCAAGGCCCAACUUCCUGGCUCCCUUGCCCCAUGAGAUGAAUCAGCUCCGGCUUGGGGAUGCCACUGCUGUGGAGAACAAUACGGGUCCAGAAGUGGUGGGGCCCUCCAGACCACUGCCAGAAGCACCACAUGGUGCUAUGGACUCUGGGAUGCUGUGGUCCAAAGACUGGAAAGGAGGAAAGGAGGCACCAAGAAAGGUAUCUUCAGACCUGUCUGCGUCAGCAGGCUACGAGGAGAUCUCAGACCCCACACAGGAGGAGAAGCCCAGCCUCCCUCCACGCAAAGAGUCCAUCAUCAAGUCCGAGGAGGAGCUGCUGGAGAGGGAGAGACAGAAGAUGGAGCUGUCCCGGGGCUCCUCCCCCAAACCCCCUGGCAUGAUUUUGCCAAUGAUUCCAGCCAAGCAUGCCCCGCUGGCCCGGGACAGCAGGAAACCAGAGCCCAAACCUGACAAAAGCAAGUUCCCGCUGAGAAAUGACAUGGGGCUAGAGUGUGGCCACAAGGUGUUGGCCAAGGAAGUGAAGAAGCCCAACCUCCGACCCAUCACUAGGUCCAAAGCCGAGCUGCCCGAGGAGAAGGUGGAAGCCACCCCCCAGAAUCUGUUCUUGAAGUCUAGACCUCAGGUUAGGCCCAAACCCACUCCUUCCCCCAAAGCAGAGCCAGCUCAGGGUGAAGACCAAGUAGACAUCUAUCACCUCAGGAGCAAGCUCAGACCUGCCAAGUCCCAGGAGAAAACCAUAGUGGAUGGAGAAAGCCACCAUGCUGCUGGGGGUCAUGACACACCCCUCAGCCGAAGCUUCCUUCCCGGGGAAGGACCUGGCCGUGGCCAGGACAGGUCUGGCAGACAGGACGGGCUGAGUCCAAAGGAGACACCGUGCAGAGCCCCUCCCAGGCCAGCCAAGACCAUAGACCCUGGGCCCAAGAAUGCGCCUGUGCCCAUCCAAGAAGCCACCCAGCAAAGACCUGUGGUCCCACCUCGGAGACCCCCACCCCCCAAGAAAACCUCCUCAUCACCAUUGUCGUGCAGGCCCCUCCCAGAGGUCAGGGGACCACACCGUGAAGAAAACAGAGCCGUUCCUGCCACAGGCCGGGCCCUCCUUGUCCCUCCAAAGGCCAAGCCCUUCCUCUCCAACUCCUCCAUGGGCCAAGAUGACAUUCGAGGCAAAGGUGGGCUGGGGCCACGCGUGGCCGGCAAGGUGGGAGACAACAGAGAGAAAGCAGUCUCCUCCCUCAAUGCUGAUGGCCCUAAGGACUCACUGUAUGUGGCUGUGGCCAAUUUUGAAGGCGAUGAAGACACCAGCAGCUUCCAGGAAGGGACAGUGUUCGAAGUCCGGGAGAAGAACAGCAGUGGCUGGUGGUUCUGUCAGGUCCUCAGCGGGGCGUCUUCCUGGGAAGGCUGGAUUCCUUCCAACUACCUCCGGAAGAAACCCUAGCUUUCCUCUGCCCCUCUGUCCCCCCCCCCCGCACUACCCAGAGACCCCGCUGUCCCUGCCAGCCUGUCCCAUGUAUUUAAUAUGCAUCUUAAUUUAUCAGUCUCCACAGUAUUUCAAGGAAGGCAGCCAUUUGGGUGCUGUGGCUUCCUCCCUCCCAGGGUGGAGAAUUCUUGGUGCAGAGAUGUCCUGUAACCUGGCCUCUGAUUCUCCUGAGGGCUCAAAAGCCACAGCCUUUGCUAAGUAGAAGUCAUGUCAGCAUCCUUGUCUAAUAGUAGCACCCAUUCUCCUAGACAAUGGUAUUGCCACCCAGAAGCAGGACAGUGACACUCUCUGACCUCCAGAACUGAGAGAGCUGUCACCUGGAGACCUUCCAGACCGCACCUCAGUGCUCAGCUGUAGCAGAGAGGGACAGCCCACACGGCCUUGUCAAUUCGGUCUAAUUUCUCCAUGUUUCUGGAAGCCCAAUGGUGGCUUUGUUCCCUGUUCCCAGAAUGCCUAGUAUUGGGAAGAACUGUGUGCUGAGAAAGCUCCCGGGCUUUCUGCUUCUGAGUCCUGAGCAGAUGCAGCCGCCCAGCAGAGGUCCUGGGGAUUCAUCUGGUCACCCUAACGGAGCAUGCCUCACUUCACUGCUGAAGCCCCUGGUCCAUCCAGGGCUUUUAAAUUCCAGUUCCUGCCCACCUCCCCCAAUAUAACGAGUUGCCAGGUUUGUUUAAAUAAGGCGGCCCCUCACAAGGCACACAGUCUGUGAGGGCUUCUUUGCCCAGUAGGUGCCAAACUGCCCUUGGCCUUUUGCCUUCAUGUUCUCUAACCUUCAACAAGCCUCUUCCGUUCUAUCGCACCCAUUUUCUAGAUGAGGAAGCUCCGGCCCUACAGGCCCCAGGACACGUCAGCUAGGAAGUGGGAGGACAUUUGAGUCUAGGCCUGCCUGAUUCCAGCACCAAUGCUCUACCCCUGCAAGAACCAGUGAGGGGAGAACUGAAGGUUAUUUAGGUGUCGGGGCAGGUAGCCUGGGGCCUUUUUCCUGUGGUAUGAUCAAAGGGACAGUAGUGACUGCCCUGGACUCGUAGCUGCUUUUCCAGGACAGGGCAUGCCCUGGAUUUUUUGUAGCUGGCACAGAGUCUGUAGGCUGGUAACCUGGGUGUAGAAAGAGAAUAAAGAAAGAUGAGGCAGUGUCCCUGGGUGGCUUAAAGGGGGCUCUGGUGGCUAGGGACCAGGAGCUAGGUCCAUGCCAAACUAAGCAGAGCAAGAGUAGCCAGCCUGCGGACUCCUGCCCCUGGCAGCCAUGGCUUCCUGUAGAGCUGUUUGCUUUUCUGUGUGCUCUCUCCCGGGGAGAAGCCCCGGGCAGCCCUUCCCUAUUUUGACCAAUAGAUAACCGAGGCCUCAAAAGGUCUGCUUAGUUAUUGCAGAGCUAAACUAGCUCCCAGCCCAGAGCAACUUGUACCUAUGAACAGGCUUCCUGUGAAAGAGGAAUGGAGUUGAGAGGGCAGAACCCCAUUCCAUCCCACAUGUCCUUCUCUCCACAUACCCCAGAAACCUCUCACCCCCAUGGCUCAUUUUUGCUGUGGUUUGAAAACCAUGAAGCUCCCUUUCCCAGGAGGCUUGAGUCCUACCUGCAGUGCCAAAGAUUCCAUGCAAGCGGGGCUCUUCACACCUGCCCCUUCCCAGCCCCUUCUCCGUGCCCCUCCAGCUCUGUUUGCUUUCCUCUGACCCAUGGUGGCACCAUUACUCUCUUCCUCUGCUCAGCCUGCAGCCCUGCCCUACCAGAGUACUGGACCAGGGUCUGAGGCACCUCCUGAAGGUCAUUCCAACUUAGUCUGGGCCCUCUUAGCACCGCUUCAGAGCUGCACACCCCACCACCGCCACCAUGCAAGAAGCCUCAUAGUUUUUUGAGUUUUGACACCUUCGCUUCAUGAAUAGCUUUCAUGGGCUGUUUUAUAAGCCUUUGAAGGGGCAAAGGUUUUUUGUUGUUUUGUUUGCAUUUGGCUCUCUGUAACCUUUUGCAAGCCCCUACUAUGCCGCAGGUACUGGGUAGACUAGGGCAUAGGGGCAUUACCCCUGACUGAAGAACUGAGUUUUUCCUACUAGCUCCACAGGAGGCUUCAUCUGCCUCCUUCCCUCCUCUGUGGGGUCAGCUGAGGUGGAGCAGACAGGCCUGUGGGCAACCAAGAGAAUUUGCAUUUUGUCUAUCCUGUGCUGCCAUGAACUGUGGGCGUGCAAGGUGCAUUCUCUGCUCACUGUCCUUUUCUUGGGUCCCAGGAACAGCCUGAAAUUUUCCGUAGCAAGCUCCGUCAGCCUAGUGGUCAUCCCUGACCUGGGCAACUGGAAGUGAGUGGGUCUGUAGAAGGCGGUCACUUACCCAGCUUCCCUUGCCUGGGACUUAGCUUUUUAUCACUCCUCUGGGGCAGAGUGUAUGCCAGGCUCUUCUCCAUCCCUGCCUUGGAAAUUUUCCAAAGCCACGGGAGCAAUGUCUGGGACAGUCAGAGAGCAGAUCGCCAAUGCAAACCUGCCCCUCACCCCCUUAACUAACCUUCACAUCGACGCUGUGAGAUGGCAAGGGCCACCCCAGUAUGUAAUGAGGAAGUGGUGGCAUGGAGAGUAUAGUCACAUCCCACCUUGUCCAGAAAUGUGUACAGCCCCUUUCACAAUCUCCUGGCCAAACAUUGGUCACAGGCCGGAUGGGCCCUGCUUUCUGGCUCUGUGGCUGCCUUGUUUCUACCCGAGAGCAGGUAUAGUGCCCUGAGCCCUGGAAACCUGGCCUUGUAAGUGGCCAGUUGGUAGAAUGAGACCUUGCUUAUAUUUUCUGGCCAGAAUCACUCUUGGGCAUUUGUGUUUAUACCAUGGCCCCAAGCUGAGGCCAGGGCAGGAUUGCACUCCAGCUACUUCACAUUCUGCCAGGAACUGGCUAGAGCCAUACUAGGCUUUCACAGCCAUUUUCAGCCUCUGCCACCAGGCUGCCCCAUAGAGUUGAUUUCUGUGGCACAGUUCUUGACCUUAAACUGUUUCUGAACCCACUGGGGACUUGGGUAGUGGGUGGAAAGUGGGGGACACAUGUGCCUCAGGAAAGAACAGGUGCCAAAUCUCUGCAAGACUUAAGGACAGUCUUUAUCACCAAAUUGAGAGGAAGAAAUUGCCCCUACCCUCUAAAAGCUGCCCGCUGGAGGUGCAGGGCAGCCAGAAAGCACUGGCCUGAAGGUAUGGUGUCCCAGGCUCCACCCCGAGCAUCCCAGAUACACAAGGACAUUAAUGGCUUAGCUCCUGGCCUUCCAUUGAGCCUGCGGUUGCCAUUUCUCUGAACCGCGUGGCAGUCUCGGCCCCUUCGCUGGCUGUCUAAACUUUCCUUCAGGCUUUUUCUGUGUACUACAGACAGCUGUAUCCUACCACAGACCAAAGAGUCCCUGAGGCCAGAGAGGUAUGGGCUGAACAGGUAGGAAGUUAAUUUGUAUCAUGGCCAAAGGCUUUGCCUUUGCCUGGGAGAAUUGCUCCCGACUUGCUAAGGUCCCAGCAGCUGAGCUGACCUGACCCCAAACAGGACUACACAGUUAAAGACAAUGGUUCAUACUUCACGCCUGCUCAUAGGCCACCUUCUGAACAACCUUCCCACAGGCCAGCUCUCCCUGCUCUGGGGGGUGACGCCUGGUCUCCGGUGCUAUCUAGUUGAGGUACCAAGCCCCUACAUAUGUGAGUGUUCCAUCGUCCUCCUCAUCUCCACUCUCCUCCCCGAAGGAAGCCCCUUUACUCCACUCAGAACAAGGGCUUAGCUUUCAUGCUUCAAAAGAGCAGAGCCGGUGCCAUCGCCAGUGGCCUUCACUCUCACUUCGAUGCUUUUUAAGAGUAAAGGUGCCCCACCAGGCUUACUACAGCAAUAAGCAGUUCUAAUGCAACGGAGAUGUCUGUAUUACGCCCGCAAUGCCUUUGUACCCUGUAACUAUUAGUUACACCUCUCUUAUCCAGGAGUGUGAUAAACUGUGGUCACCUUAGCCAUACAUGGUUCCUGUUUCAGGGCCACUGCGGAGCUAGGUUGCUUCUGAUAUCCCUCCAAGAACAGUGGGCUCUAGGCAGCACCGCCCAUUGCGUGGGGGUGUGUGCCCACAGAUGGUGCUGGGGACCCCCGGGUUCUCAGCCCUUCUCACACCCCCUAGGCCAACUGACAGAUCCUGGUGGUGGCUUUUGUCUCCCGUGAGUGUUUAAUGUGAGGGGGCGGGGGAUGAACACCUAGCAGUAGCAUGUAGAGACUGUAUACCAUUAGACAUUUCUUUUUAAAAUAAUAAAAUGCUUGACUGGUUUCAAGCU